CCGCCCCGCUCUGCUCCCGCCCCGCUCCGGCCGCCGCCGUUCCCGCCUCGCCGCGCUGCUGUUGAGGAAGACGCUGGCUGUGAGAUCAGGGGAGCAAAAUCUCUCCCACUGCAAGAGAAGAGCAAGUUCAAGACCACCUGAUGAGUCUGAAUGUGUACAAGUCUAUGAGGCCUGAUGACAUACAGCUCAGUGUCCUGAAAUAACUGGCUGAUGUGGUUGCUGAGCCACUCUCCAUCAUAUUCAAAAAGUCAUGACUGCCAGUAGACUGGACUUUGUGCAGGAGGGGAAAAGCCUGACAUUCCUGAAAAUGGCAGCUGAGACAUCCACAGAAGUUCCAAAAACUGCUAAGCAAUUCGUCCUUAAGGAAGAGGUAAUCAUAGAAAGAAAAUGGUUGAAGCUUGAGGAAACAACUUACACUGAUGCCUUUGGUAAAACCAGAACUUGGGAAACUGUAAAGCGUGUUGGCAAGAAAAAGAGUGUUUCAGCUGAUGGUGUGGCAGUGAUAGCUGUGCUACAGAGAACUCUCCACUAUGACUGCAUCGUCCUAGUGAAACAGUUCAGGCCUCCAAUUAAUGGCUACUGCUUGGAAUUUCCUGCAGGCCUCAUUGAGGAAAAUGAGACUGCAGAAAGUGCUGCACUGCGAGAGCUGGAGGAAGAAACUGGCUACAAAGGGGAAGUUGUUGAAUGUACUCCAGCACUCUGCUUGGACCCAGGUGUGUCAAACAGCACAACACACAUCGUGAGCGUUACCAUUAACGGAGACGAUGCCGCAAAUACAAGACCUAAGCAAAAGCUUGAUGAUGGAGAAUUUGUGGAAGUUAUUUCACUUCCAAAGAACGACUUACUGCAAAGAAUCGAUGAACUAGUAGCAGAAGAGCAUAUUGCAGUGGAUGCCAGGGUUUAUACUUAUGCACUGGCCCUGAAGCGUGCAACAGAGAAACCGCUCCAAGUUCCUUUCAUGAAGUUCUAAAACUUCACAGUAAUAAAUAUAGCUGAGAAUCCUCCAGUCCAGAUGGCUUAGAAGUGUAACUCUUCUUGUAAUAAAGGUUCCUUACUUGUAGAGUGAAAAAAAUACUUGUAAGAAUGAUUCUGAUAUUUUUACCUGGAAUAAACUGACGGAAAGCAUUUCUUCUAACUGUUUAGUCUAUCUAGCCUUGACAGAACAAUCAAAAUAAAAA